AUGAAUUGUUUGGAUGCCCCAGAAAUUCCGACGAUUCAGGCGUUUGAUGUUGCCACCUUUGAGGAUUUCGAGUAUUCUACCAACAACGCUGGCAUUGAAGACGUUCAGAUAUGUGGAUUUCAUCCGAUGGCAACCGCGCCACUUUCAGUGGAGGAACAGGAAGCCUUGUGGGAGACGUUUACUGGGGUAUAUACCUCUGUCUUCCUAUUGGCAAUUUGUACUGUCAUUGGCUUCCAUGUUGGACUUUUAUUAAAAGAACUGUGGAAGUCAGGUAAAAAAACCUUCCUCAAGAAAAUAUUCUUGCGGGCUGGACAGGCUGAGAAAUCCCCAGCCAUGGGAGACAUACUUGCCUUCACACCCCAUUACGUCUGGUUCACCAAUGGCGAUAAGCAGGCGUUUGCCGGUCUCACUCAAGAUGACUUCGUCGAUUUUGAGCGCUUUGCGCAUUUCAUCUACGCACAGUCCCAUGAAACGUAA